AUGAAUCUGCUACACGUCGGCUGUUUGGCCGUGGCGGUCGGCUGGGCGGCGGCCGAGGCGUGCGUGCCGCUGAUCGAGUGCAAGACGCUGGUGACGUCACACCCCAGCGUGCGGCCGUUCGCCGGUGGGCGGCGCUGCAGCCUGCGGGACUGCUCCGGCGGCGUGCUGUGCGACUCCGACGCCCUCUGCCACAAGUUCGAAGGACCAGAUUACGUGGCGGCAUUCUGGAAGAACAAUUCCGAAAGGUCCUUCGGCGUCUUCCGGAAAGUGCUUGACAUGCAACCCCUGAAGAACCGACUAAAAGCACAGCAAGAGUAUGUCAUCAGUAGCGAAGUGGAGCCGGCAGCUGUGCUGCAAGAGGCCAUGAUAACGAUGGAAACUGUAGCGAAUGAAGUGCGCCAACUUGCUCAAACGGGAAUAAAUGAGGCGAUCGCGGGCUCGGCGGAAGCUAUACAGCACCGCUUCUCCGCGCCGCAGUCGUCGGAGCCCAUGCUGUUGGCCCAGGCAUCACUGCAGUCGAUCCAGGUGCUGACCAAGCUGAAGAAGAUGGAGGCCAUGGGCUACAAGCCGUUAAGCACUGAGGCCCCGCUGUUUGAUGCCGGCAUACAGCACCGCGCCAGCUUCAACCAGCUCGUCUCGCCCGUCUCCGUCACGAUCCCCGGCUGCGAGGUCAUGCAGCCGGCCGAAACUUGCGGGUUCACUUACCUCUACCGUAACCUCAGUGGCAUGUGCAACAACCUGCAGCGUCCGCGGCUGGGGUGCGCGCAGUCAGCCUACUCGCGUUUCUUCCCGGCGGAGUACGAAGACGGCAUCUUCCAGCCGACGGCGACGGGGCAUGGCGUGAAGCUGCCGUCGCCCCGACUGGUCAGCGAGCGCGUGGUGAGCACCUCACCACGCCCGGACAACCUGCGCACCAUCUCCGUCAUGCUGCUUGGCCAGUUCAUCGACCACGACUUCAUCGCGACGCCGGUGUUCACGCUAAACGGCAGCGUCGGCCUGUCUUGCUGCGGCGGCGGAGGCUCGUACCCGCCAAAGGCGGUUCACCCGGUCGGCUGUAACCCAAUCCGCAUACCCGACGAUGACCCCUUUUUCUCGGUGUUCGGUCGCACGUGCAUGAACCACGUGCGCUCGCUGCCGGCGCCCUUCGAGAAUUGCGUCGCCGGUCCCGUCAACCAACUGAACCAGGCAUCCCAUUUCCUAGACGCCUCCAACAUCUACGGCAGCAGCAUACAGCAGUCGAACCGGCUGCGAGCCUUCACCGGUGGCCUCUUCAACACCAGUCGGGGUGACCUCCUGCCACAGGUGGAUGGCAGCUUUAUCUCAGGCGAUGGCCGCCUCGGCGAGAAUCCUGGCCUCACCUUCUUGCACACGGUUUGGACGCGCGAGCAUAACCGCGUAGCGAAGGCACUGGCCCGGAAACACUACGACUGGGACGAAGAGCGGCUCUUCCAGGAGGCGCGCCGCAUAGUCAUCGGGGAGUACCAGCACAUCAUAUACAACGAGUACCUGCCGGUCGUGCUCGGUACUCAGUACACUUGCGAUCACGGCCUGGAGCCCGUGCACGGCCCCUCAUUCCAGUACUCGGACCAGGUGGAUCCGACCAUCAAAACCGAGUUCUCCACAGCCGCCUUCCGCUUCGGCCACUCCCAGGUGCACGACGCGUUUGUCCUCCGCAGCGAGACGGGCAAAAUCACGGAGACCUUGGCGUUGGAAAACACAUUUUUCCUCACAAACCUGAUCGAAGCGCCGGGCGCCGUGGCGCAGUUCGCGCGCGCGCUGACGGACCAGAAGCCGCGCUUAGUCGACAGCACCUUCGUGCCCGCCAUCCACGAGAAGCUCUUCGCCAGGGGCGCGCCGUUCGGCCUGGAUCUAAUCGCACUGAACAUCAACCGUGGCCGAGAUCACGGCCUGCCGAGCUAUGUCACUGUGCUCCAGAACUGCCUGCGUCAGUCGUUGCCCAACUCAUGGUCGGCGCUGAAGCCGUUUUUCGAGCCGGAUGUGCUCCAACGCCUGCAGUCAGUCUACUACAGCAUCUACGACAUCGAACUCUUCAUCGGCGGUGUGUCCGAAAAGCGGAAGCCCGGUGCCCUGGUCGGCGAGGUGUUCCAGUGCAUCAUCGGCGAGCAGUUCUUCAACACGCGAUACGGAGACAGAUACUUCUACGACAACGGCGGCCAGCCACACAGCUUCUCGCAUAAGCAAUUGCGCGAGAUCCAGAAGGCGAGCUGGGCGCGCAUCCUCUGCGACAACGUCAAGGAGCUGGACAAGAUGCAGCCGAUGGCACUAUGGCAGCCAUGCGUCUCCUACAACCGACGGCAGCACUGCGGCUCACACGCCAUACCUCAGGUCAAGCUCAACGUGUUCUAGACGCGCGCGACAGCAUCUGGGCCUGCCAGCGGGGCGGGCGCUGGUCGGCGCGCCGAUCCGAGGCAAGAUGAGCUACGCCAGGGCUGACCUCUUACUCGUCCGAACUUGACAGAGCGGUAACGGGAGAGGCACGAACUUGGCAGUACGAGCGACGGGAGAGGGACGAACUUGACAGGAUGAGAGACGGGAAAAGAACGAGCUUGGCAGGACGGGCGACGGGAGAGGGACGAACUUGACAGGACGAGUGACGGGAAAGAAACGAGCUUGACAGGACGAGCGACGGGAGAGGGACGAACUUGACAGGACGAGUGACGGAAAAGAAACGAACUUGACAGGACGAGCGACGGGAGAGGGACGAACUUGACAGGACGAGUGACGGAAAAGAAACGAACUUGACAGGACGAGCGACGGGAGCGGGACGAAAAUUGGGAACAAGCUUUGAUUGCUCUUCGGCGACACUCUGACUUGCACGGACGUUUUUCUUUUAAAGGUUGCACGGCCCCCACCACCACGCAGUUUUGAGCGCUGGAGCACGGUUUGGAGCUUCAACUGUUCGGAGCACUCGGUAUCGCGAUGGUCGUAUCAGCGCUCACGGGCCGAAGCGUCAGCCGAGAAUAAAACCCAACCUCCCACAUGGAGGCUUGCCUGUUCUGUGGGCCAGCGGCGGAUCAGUCGACGAAAACACGAGAUGUUCACAUCCUGGCUGACCCACCUUCGUCGUAUAGGUUGCUGGCGGACGUCGGAACAGCGCUUCGCGACUGCGCAGCAGCCAUGUGGGUGUGAGGGGAGGUGUGUGGGGUUGCCCUGUGUUUUUUUUUUUUGGCGCCCGAACACUUCAGCGAGUCCACUGCACCGAAGGUGACGGGAUGGGACCACGAUAAGUCUUGAGGACUUUCAAGGAGCGUAUGCCAGUUAAUCAACGGUCCUGUGGGUGUGAUUGCUGAGAUGUGGUUGACAGUGCUUGGCGUCUAAUAAAAUUGAAAUAAUGCAAAAUAUCCUGAGUAAUGCUUUCGCGGUGUGGGAUUUCUGACGAAGCUGCAGUGAAAGGUUAUGAGAUUUGUUCAUUGAGAUUAUGCAUUUUUUUGAGUCAUGGGCAGUACUCCUCAAAUUUAAUAAUUUCUGGCGGCUUUGGGCCAUUCACUUUGCAUUCAACACC